UUUCAUGUUUUUAAAAUUAUGCAUAUCUACGUACACAUAGGCGUAUGAAGGUUACAUCAAGAAGGGACUCAAAAGAUGCCCACUCCCCGAACUGUGGAAGGGGUUACCUCUGUAGGGGAGCGGGUGAAGGAGGGAGACUGUCACAUUUUCCUCUGUAUGCUGUGAAUUAUGCAAACCUUUUACAAGAACCUAUUCAUACACUACUUGGAGUUUUUAAAUGGCAUUGAGCUAGGAGCCCUAAUGUAUAAAAGUUCAUUUGUAUUCAAUGAGAAGGUGCAAACAAUUGUUUCACCAGUGGGACCACAGCUGGGCACUGGGGCAUCGCCCCUUUAAUGUGUCGUGAUUGGGGUCUGAGGGGCUGUUUGUGAUUCAGUGACACUGGGCAGCAAGCCUGGGUGGCGGGGUCAGGCUCUAACCCUCCUGCUUGAAGGCAGACUUCAGGCCCUGGCCUGAGCUGGGACCUGACUUCCGGGCAGACAGUGAGGCAGGAGGCAGUGGACGGGGCCAAGUUCAACCUCAAGUCCUCUCUCCUGCUGCUUCAGUUCCUGGCAGCCUGCACGUCCCUCCGCACCGUUUCAGGCCGUUUUUCUGGCUUAUUUUAUUGACAGUCCUGGAGUUGGCACCUCUGACAUGUAUGGAGGAAACGUUUUCUUCUUGGCUUCUAACUGUCCCUGCCCACUCCACAGCCUCAGGUACAAUCAGAUCUUAGUCUCAGUACUGCUUCCCUCACCCAGUGGCUGUGAAAGCUCGUGCUGACGGUCCCUCUCUGUGCCUCAGACUCGUGUGUGAAAUAGGAUUUAUGCCACCAGCCCCAGCUUCCUGAUGGGACUCGUGGAAUGACAGAGGUGAUGGGUGUGAAAAUAUUCCGAGAGCCAGAAGGUGGCAGAGGGGCAAGCUGGUCAGCAUCAGGUCCUACAUGAACAUCUGGGAAAAGGAUGGAAAAGCCAGUUGCUCUCCGGGCCACACCUGGGGAGGGCAUGGGGAAGGUCCCAGGACAGCUAUCGGGAAUCUGUUGUCCCUUUCCUCUCCUUAGUUCCUCCCCAUUAGGGGUUGGAGGAAACACUUGGAGGCUGUGAUCUAGCCAGGCCUCCCCUCACCGGAGAAUGCCCUCCACCUAUCCAUCUGGGUCCCAAUCUCUCAUCUGCCUAAGAUUUGCUGUGGACCUAAGACAAGCCCCUCCACUUUUCUAAGCCCCAGUCCUUCAGCUGUAGAACGUGCCCACACUACCUCGUCUGUGGAACUGUUGAGAGCACUCAGUGGUCAGACCGCGAGCCUGGACCUUUAGUCCACUACUCCCCCACAAUUCAGAGCUCGCCAGCCACCCAUGAAACACUCCUACAUUGGCCGGAACCACCCUACGUUUUAGAAUCUUGUCCCCUCCAAUGUCCUCCUGGUUCUAGAAUCUCACUGCUAUUCCAGACUCUGCCCUCUAGAACCAGAAGGGUCAGCCGCUGCUCCCGGGCAGUGGCGGCUUGCUCAGCUCUACCGUCUCACUCGAGUCUCUGCUGCGGCCAGGAUGCGGUGGCGGGACCGCAUGGCUGUGCUCUUUUUCCCACCAGGCGUGAUGCUCACCGUGGCUGCCAUGAUGCUCUUCUUUAUACACCUGUGCGUCUUUGCCAAUGACGUGCACCACUUCUGCGUCACCCACCACUACGACCGCAUGAGCUUCCGCUACACAGUGGUCCUGAUGUUCUCCCAGGUAAUCAGCAUCUGCUGGGCCGCCAUGGGGUCACUCUACGCUGAGAUGAUAGAUGUCAAGUUUCUUCGGUGCUUUUCCCUGACCAUCCUGAUGCUCAAUGGAGCCAUGUUCUUCAACCGCCUGUCCCUGGAGUUUAUGGCCCUCCAGUACCGGGAGGAGAACCACUGA